AUGAGAGUCCUCGUCACAGGCGGCUCGGGGCUCGUCGGCUCGGCUGUGCGCUACAUUACAGAGCACGAGACUGGGCGGUUCGGCGGCAACAACCAAGGCGCGGAGGAGUGGGUGUUCGUCAGCAGCGCCGAGUGCGAUCUGCGCGACUUUGAGGCCACCAAAUCCCUCUUUGCGCGAGUACGGCCUACACAUGUGUUGCACUUGGCUGCCAGAGUUGGGGGCCUGUUUGCCAACAUGCAGCAGCCGGCCGACUUUAUGCGGGACAACCUCGCCAUCAACGACAGCGUCCUCCAGAACGCCCAUGACUUUGGGGUAGAAAAGGUCGUUUCGUGUCUCUCGACGUGUAUCUUCCCGGACGCCGUAGACUACCCACUCACGGAAGCGAAGGUCCACCUCGGCCCGCCGCACGCAAGUAACUUUGGGUACGCGUACGCAAAGCGUAUGGUCGACGUUCAGAACAAGGCGUACCACCAGCAAUACGGCGACAUGUUCACCAGCGUGAUCCCCACCAAUGUCUUUGGCCCCGGAGACAACUACAACCUCACCUCUGCGCACGUCAUCCCGGCCCUCAUGCACAAGUGUUACCUCUCCCUCAGCCCCGGUGCGCCGCCGUUCGUGGUGGCCGGCACCGGCCGGCCGCUGCGGCAGUUUGUGUACAGCCGCGAUCUGGCGCGACUGAUGGUGUGGGCUGUGCGCGAGUAUGUGGAUGUGGAGCCCAUCAUCCUGAGCCCGUCUGAGCAUGACGAGGUGUCCAUCGCCACCGUCGCGACUGCCAUUGCGCGGACUAUGGGCAUCAACGCCCCGCUUACUUUCGACACGGCCAAGCCGGACGGUCAGUUUCGUAAACCCGCGAGUAACGCAAAGCUCGUGUCUCUGUUGCCAGAGUUCAAGUUUACUCCGUUUGACGAGGCACUUAAAGAGUCGACAGAGUGGUUUGUGCAACACUACGACAAGGGCGCGAGGGUGUAG